AUGCAGGCCAUCAAGUGCGUGGUGGUCGGCGACGGUGCCGUGGGGAAGACGUGCCUGCUGAUCAGCUACACGACCAACGCCUUCCCGGGAGAGUAUAUCCCCACAGUCUUCGACAACUACUCGGCCAACGUGAUGGUGGAUGGGAAGCCGGUCAACCUGGGGCUGUGGGACACCGCUGGCCAGGAAGACUACGACAGGCUUCGGCCACUCUCCUAUCCUCAAACUGACGUCUUUCUGAUCUGCUUCUCCUUGGUGAGCCCGGCCUCCUUUGAGAACGUCCGAGCCAAGUGGUACCCAGAGGUGCGGCACCACUGCCCACACACGCCCAUCCUUCUGGUGGGCACCAAGCUGGACCUCCGAGAUGACAAGGACACCAUUGAACGGCUGCGGGACAAGAAGCUAGCGCCCAUCACCUACCCACAAGGCCUGGCCAUGGCCAGAGAGAUCGGUUCUGUCAAGUACCUGGAGUGCUCUGCCCUGACCCAGAGAGGUCUGAAGACAGUGUUUGAUGAGGCCAUCCGGGCCGUACUCUGCCCACCUCCGGUGAAGAAGCCAGGCAAGAAGUGCACUGUCUUCUAGAACCCUGUGUGGCCAGCCUGGCUCAAGU